UGAACGGACGUCUUCCCUUUAUGUAUAAUUCUCCGAGAUGUUAAUUCGCAUCCAGAGACAGCUGAGGAGGAACCCGACUCUCGUAGUGUUGGUGACUCUAACGCUAUGGUGGAGUGCGGCUUGUAUGAUCGUAUAUACUGCGAGGGCCAGCAGCUUUGUUGAAAAUUCUGAUAUUUCUUUGGACUUGGAAAACGAGCAGGAAUUAUUUGACGGACGAAGGAAACGAAUGAACAGAGAAAAACGUUCGAGGAGAGAAAAAUAUAAACAGUUACAGAAGAGCGAUUCGAAUUUUUCGAUGGAAUUACCGCAGUUAUACCUUGACACUCGACAAGUCGAAGAAAACGAGGCGGUUAGUGAGGAACAGAAAAUGGAGACGAAGAAAAGUAAAAUUACCGCAAAUAUCGAAGACUUACGACAAACCCGCACCUCAAAACAGACAAAGCGAAGAAAAAAACACACCCUUUCCGCGAAAAAGGCGAAGGAAAAUCGACUGAAGACAAAACCGCUGGACCGAAACCAGAUCGAGAUCGCAGCACCUUCCCCAACCCGAAACACGAGCACGCCAACUCUCGCUAAGAACCUUUCCACUUUAAGAACCUUGGUGACCAUUGUCUGCGGUACCAACCAACGCCCCGACCAAUACCAGAGGAACAUCUUCGGCAGGCAGCUCAACCAGACCAAGACAAUGCUCAAGUCACUGGUCUACUUCAGCACCUUCACGACGUUCAGGGUAAUUCUUGUGACCGACACUGAAGACACUUACAACCAAGUGCUUCAGCAGAUCGAAGACUGGCCAGCCAAUUACCGGUCUCGCCUCCUCUUCGAGCGGGCGGAGCUGUGGACACCCCCUUCGGAAGCCGAUCCCCUGCUGUUAGAAAGAUGGCGCCCGUGUUCUUGGUCCAAGCUGUUCCUGCUAGAGACGCUGCCCUUCGUGGACGCCGCCGUGUACGUGGAUACCGAUAUCCUGUUCCUCGCUCCUGCAGAAGGCCUGUGGGAUAUUCUCGACGAGUUGGAGCCGCCCCAAGCGCUGGCGUUAGGGCCCGAUCCGCUGUACGAUAGGCAUAAGCACCGACGUUACGCAGGGACAGUAGGCUUGAGCGCCGGCAUGAUGGUCAUGAAUUUCAAAGCCCUGCGUGCCUACAGGGGGCAGCACGGGAACUUUGCGCAGACGAUCCUCCACUACAAGAACAGCUUUGCAAACCAUCACGACCAGGACACCCUCAACGCCUUCCUCGCCGACCACCCCGAGCUCCUGCAUGAGCUGGGCGCCCGAUGGAACUUCAGCCCGAGUCAGUGCUUGGGCGGCGUCCUUCCGUGCUGCACCGACACGGGCGUGACGGUUAUACACGGCUUCGACGCCACCUUCGUCAGGGGAAUCGAAAUGAUCUUCCAGGUGAUCUACGAGCGGCUUCUCGCGCUGCCACUCGACUCCGGCGGCGCGAGCGACCUCCUGCGUAGCCUCGAGGAUCAGUUCUCCCGCGUGGAUCGCCAAGGCCUCUCGUCCACGUGCAAGAAGGUGUGGGGCAUCCAGGACAUCCUGCUGAAGCACAUCCAGGACUUGGCGAAGCUCGAGGAGAAGGAAGGAAGAGGAACGGUGUGAGGAGUGGAAGG